AUGGCUAUGGGAUCCGACGAACAGCAAGUCCUACACCCCUUUUUCCGACAAGAAUUUGGACUAUCCGUCAAAUCUACACCUUCCAAUGACCUGCCUUCUUCGACGAAUACCCAUACGAACGAGGCCACACCUAUAAGCAACCAGAGCUCAGCGUGUGACCAGGGGCCGCAGAACUUUACGGAACGCAAAAACAAUUCUUCACAACUCGCCACCGAGUCCUCUACCAGUAUCGAGGAAGAUCCCAACGAGAGUCGGAGGAAGAGACGAAAAACCGACAAAAGCCAACCUGCAGAACCCACGGCCACCUCCAAUGCAGGUCUUUCGGCAUGGCUCGGCAAUGGCCCUCCUAUUCCUAUAAUAACACCCGCCGAGACUUCUCUGGACAAAUUGCCUACAUCUCAGACUCAACCUCCGCUGGCAGAGGCCCGGAUUUCUGCAGAUGCUCCCCCAGUUUCGACGUCUACGGAACAUAACAAAGCAGAAGAGCGAAUCGGAAGGUCAUCGACGAGGCAGAAGACCCUCAAACUUAAUUCGAAGGGGAAGUUCCUUUCAUCGCCUCCCUCGAGUCCUCCUCGAGAGACGAAGAAAAGGGCGACGGGAAAGCGAGGAAGGCCACCAAAAGACCGCACAAAACUAGUAAUCAUUAAGUAUAGGGUUGAUCCAGAGAUCAAAACUGGAGAAGUUAUCGAUAGCAUCCUAAGUGGAAACUCAGUUCAUCGUCCUCCGGUCCCCGUUGCCAAACCUACUUUGCCGACACGCAAGCCAGCAACGAUAAAAUCCUCGAAACCCACCCAUCCAUUCUUCACAAAGAAGCUGGCACAAAAGACCGAUGCCCAGAACGUGGCCGAGUCGAAACAAGAACCUGAAGAUGGAAGUUCCAGAACACAGUCAGAUCAAACAGCAUCUGGGACUACAGAAAACAAGCGACGAGUAGCCGGUUCGAUGCCUUCCUUCUCUACGUUUGCUCGCCGUGUGUCCAAAUUUCCUGAACUACUCGAUCCUUUAUGGCCCCCGCAAGAUUUUGUGCACGUUAGAGAUGUUUGCCCGCCGACGAAUCUGAUGGGCACAGCGUGGCAGACUGCGAACGAUCGAAAGAAAUCGAAGAUUGCCGCAAUUUCAAUCAGAGACGAGGAAAACGUGUUGCUCACUGGGACUGCCGAGGCAAGAAGGACCGCAAGGCAACUCGAACACCCGCAAGACGCCAUUGUCUCUCUUCGACAUCCCAUUCGACAUGUUGCAAGCAAUCAGAUCCUGCAUACGGCAAUGGAAAAGCAGAUGUCUUGGUCCUCGCCAAACCCUCGUUUCCCUUGGAACGCUUCCAGUCCACCUCUCGCCAAAAUUGGGACCUCCUUACUCUCUUCAGUCUCGGCAUUCGAUUGUGCAAAAUACGAGACGCAGCUUUGGACACAUAAGUACGCCCCUAAAGCGGCAGAGGAAGUCCUCCAGCUCGGCCGUGAACCACAGAUGCUUCGUGAUUGGCUACGCCAUCUCACCAUCACGGCGGUAGACACAGGAAAGCCACCGAAAGACACCACCAAAUCUAAGAACAAACGCGACAAAAAGCGAAAGAACCGACAAAAAGCCGAUAAACUUGAUGGAUUCAUCGUGUCGAGCGAGGAAGAAGCCUCAGAGAUGGACAAUCUAUCUGGCUCAGACGAUGAGCUAUCUGGAGGCGUAGCUACCUCAGCACAGCGGACAGUGGUUAGAUCGGGUGACAUGGCCGCAGCCGAGAAAAUCCAAAUGACCAACGCAAUUCUUCUCAGUGGACCUGCCGGUUGCGGUAAAACUGCUUCCGUCUAUGCUGUUGCAAAAGAGCUUGGUUUCGAGGUCUUUGAGAUCAAUCCUGGAAGCCGUCGAAGUGCCCGUGAUAUGUUAGAGCGAGUGGGGGACAUGACACAAAAUCAUCUGGUCCAUCUCCUCAACGAAUCUGAAAAUCUGGCAGAAAGCGCCAAGGAUGACGGGAAGCAGAACAAAUUGAUGAGCUUUUUCAAAGGCCCAUCGAAACACAAACAACCUGAUACCCAACCCGAACCAAGCCCGAAACAGGAGGCAGAUCCCAAACGCCCACGGCAACAGAAACAAUCGUUAAUCCUGCUCGAAGAAGCGGAUCUGCUCUUCGAAGAAGACCGACAAUUCUGGACCGGAGUCCUUACUCUCAUUGCCCAAUCGCGACGACCAAUUAUCAUCACCUGCAAUGAUGAGAGCUUGAUUCCUACCCAGGAUAUGUCGCUGCACGCCAUACUACGCUACCAAAAGGCUCCUCAGGAUUUCAGUGUUGAUUACUUGCUUCUAAUUGCCGCCAGCGAGGGGCACAUUCUCAAGCGAGAGGCCGUCACCCGCCUUUACCAGGGCAGUGGAAUGGAUCUUCGAAGGUCUUUGAUGGACCUGAAUUUCUGGUGUCAGAUGGGUGUUGGCAGUGAAAAGGCAGGCCUGGAUUGGCUUCUCCCUGCAUGGCCACCCGCAUCCAACGUUGACUAUAACGGGGACCGAGUUCGUGUUCUCAGCUUGAAUACUUACGAACGGUUUAUGGGAUGGUUCAACCGCGAUUUACUUCUAAGUCGAGAUGCAUUGGAGAAGGAAGCAGAAAUAAACCGAAACACCUUUCACUGGUGGGGUUUGGGACUUCAAGAAUCCGAAGACAUGGGUGGCAGAAGUAAAGUUGAACUUAUGCCACCUAAUCAAUUUCAGUCGAGUUCUAAGACAGCGCAACUUCAAAUGCUGUGCCGUGAAGCCGAUUACUACGAUAUGAGAAGUUCACUGGAUAUCCUUUGCUCUAGCUGCUCGAUUGACAUGAACAACGAUGGCAUUGAUAUCUCCGCACCACCUCUUCCCGAAGGUCACCGAUCUAACUACCUCGACGCAUACCCACUCCUCCAAUCUGACCUGCGAAUCGAACAUUCGUCGCUCAGUGAAGCUGUCAGCACCACAUUCGACGCCUUGCUAAGCCAAACCUUCCGUUCAACCACCAACACAGACCUGGAAUCAUCAUACGCGAAUCGAAUCUUGAGCAAGAUCGUCCGCUCUGCAAACCCCCAACAAACCCCACCAUCUACCCUACCCCAAUUCCAGCGCAUUUUCGAACCCAUCAUGCGCGCCAAUUAUUCCAUGCCUACCCCAACCGCUCGACACGCCCCAUCCUUUGAGAAUGGACUUGCAGCCAUCACAGAAGAUCUUGCUCCAUACAUCCGAGGAAUCAUGGUCUUUGACGGGCGCCUACACCAAUACCGCCAGAAGCUGUACGAGCUCACAGUGCAACAACAACACGGCGAGAAGCGAUCACGAACCACACGAGCCAGCCGCGCAGCCCUCGAAGGAGGCGAUAAAGCCUCCACGCGCAAGGAGAGGUGGUUCGCCAACGACACGCCCUAUUACCAAGUCCAAGCCACGGCAGGACCGGACUGGCAACAUGUUCUGUAUCAGAUGGGGUACUUCCAUGUCCAGCCUAUGAUCGAGCCGACUGCGGAGAGCAACGAGCCAGUAUCUAUCAACCAGAUCAUUGAGAAUGUCGAGUGA